AUGUACACACCGAAGCUCCUAGCCCUCGCGCUAGCACUCCUGCCAGCGGCGCUGGCCCAAUGGCCAUCCUGCGACCCAAGCUGCAAAUCGUGCGGACUGUACUGCAACGAAGGAUGUGUGGCACCUCUCGACCUGACCGAGUGCCAGCGGUGUCUGUACUGCCGGCGAGAGUCGUCGUCGUGCGGCUAUGUGGACAUCAGCGGGGGGUGGACGGAGAACCCGCCGGACCCGGCGUACUGCGCACAGUGCUCGGCGGGCUGCCACUGCCGGAUCGACGCCAAGUGCUACGACGGCAUUACCAUUACGCCUCCGAGUUCCUUCACGCCUACGGCUACGCCUGUGCCUCCUCCUUCGUUGCGCCGGGGCUGA